AUGGGAAUAUUAACUAAAAACCUGAUGAGCGAUUUAUAUAAAUUUGAUGAUAUAGUUGCAUGGGAUGAUAAAGUUAGAGAAAGAUAUUCUUUUGGAUAUGAUAAACCCAAUUUUUUAUUACUAAGUAGCCUCGAAUUAUAGGAUUUUUGUAAAUCUAAAUUGCUAUGUGGAAAAAAUUAGACAUGUCUUAAUUAAUACAAUUCCUUUUCUUUAUAAUACAAUUAUAUGAAUGAUUAAGUGUUAUAUGAAAAAGCUUAAUAUUCUACUUAUUAAUAUCCGCUUUCUCUAGGGUGGUAGAAUUUAACAACUUCUUAAAAAGAAUAUCUUAUAAAAAUGGAUUUAAAUAGAAUUUUUGUAUAAACUAUUGUAAUAAAUUAAUCAUAAGAAGAUAUCAUUUUACCAAAUUUAAUAUACUCAGCUAAUGAAUAAGAUGGAAUAUUUUACACUAUCUUCUCAAUGAAUUUUUUGAUGAUGUUUUCAUAAAUAAAUAACUAAAAAUACGGAGGGCCAUUUUCAUGUGAUUUAGUGAAUGGAAACUAUUAAUAAUAUAAAUAUACUAAUGUAAAUUAAUUUGAUGGAUUUUAGUAUUAAGAUUCUUUUGGAAAUAUAUGUGGAGAUGCUACAAAUAAAUGCACUUAAUGCUCUUACUAUAAUUUGAAAAGAAUAUUUUCAGUUGAAUGGAGGUGUCGCCCUUGGUACUAAUAGUCAUAAAAUUAGUUUUAUAUUUUGUUUGGACAGCCAUAUAUAAGUAUUAAUCCUAAUAUAGUCGGCUCAACUAUUACAUUUAAAGUAGUUAUAGAUAAUUAAAAAAUUAAAUCUAUUAAAGAUGAAUAUAGCUAUAAAUAAGAUGCUGUAGUUGCUACAGACAUAGACUUAACUCUUAUUUUAAAUAGAUAUUAAUAAAAUAAAGACCUUAAUAUUGAGUAUUCUUAUUUGAUUUCUACAAACCCCUCUUCUAAUUCCACUGAAUAUUCACCAUUAGUCAUAGCUCAUCCUAUGAUGAAUAUAACUAAUCUUUAAACAGUGUAUGAUGUUGAGUUUUAUAACUCCACAAAUAAAGAAAAUGAGAUUUAUUUAUUUAAAAAUUAAACAUCGUUUUUAAAUGAUACCUUUCAAACUUACUAGAAUUGUUCCUUUCAAAUGUUAUUUAAUAAUAGUUAAAUUAGGAUAAUUACAAAAAAUAAUAUUAAAUAUUUAACAAUAUUCACACCUAUUUUUAUAUGCUUUGGUACAAUAUAUGAGCAAGCUAGCAACAUUAAUUCAUAUUAUGUUAAAGCUGUCUCACUUUAACAAAUGGACUAAGAUACAUAUUAAGUAAACUAAAUGCAAGAAAUUAUGGUUAAAACUAUUUUUAUAAUAUAUUCUACUUUGGUAGUGAUAAUAUUAGUUCUUUUUUAUUUUCUCACUAAAAGUUUUCUAUUUUAUAAUUUUGAAAUUCCUAUUUAAAUAUUAACAUAAUUCAUUUAAAAUGCUGAUAGUCAAAGCAUAUUUAUUUUUUACCAAAAAAUAAAUAAAAAAGAACUUAAAACAUCUUAGGAACUUAAGAACUUAAUAUUAGCUAUCAACAAUGUCGUACUUAAUCUUUAAGAAAAAGUUAAGUCAAAAUUUUAAAAUCAAGAAUCAGAUUAAUCAUACUUGGAUAUUUAAACAGCUCUUUCUUAGUAACUUAUUACAUUCUAAGCAUUUUCUCAUUUAACUGGUAUUGGGUUAUGCCUAAAUUAUAGAUUUCCUUAUUUAUAAAAUGAUUAUCCCUAUUUUUUAGAUAAAAUAGAUCAUAAUUUUAAUAAUAUUUAUGAUCCUUAUAUAGCAUAUGACAUCAAUAAUUUAAAAAGUUAGUACAAAAAUAAAUUUACAAAUGAAUUAAAUUUUUAUGAAGUUUUCUAUGAAGACUAAUAAGAGAAAAUAGAAAUUUGA